AUGCCCAUGAGCGCCGCCACCAUCGUCGAGAAGCUCACCUCCCCAUCACGCCCGAGGCCAAGCCCCUCGAGCAGGAGGGCUUCUCCUGCCCGAGCCCAGCCUCGUUCCCCAUCGUCCUCGCUCGUCCGCCAUGGCCAUGCCCCUUCGAAGCUUGCAGCUCUUCCGCCAGCCCGCCGCCGCUUUGAUCCAGCAGGGAACGGGCACAUCGGCGACCUCCUGCCCACCGGAGUUGCGCCUCCCUGUGCCUCGCAGCCCCGCCGCGUCGCGCCUCUGCUUCGUUCAAGACGCGGGCGCCAGGUCGCGUUGACUUCACUGGAGCGCUGCGGCCGCUCGCGCGUGUUGACCGCGCGUGGGUCUCCUCUUGCCUCGCCAAGGCCCAGUGCCGCUGCUCUGCCUCGUCCUCGCCGGAGUCCCAGCCGCGCCGGCCAUCUUCCCCGCAAGAGGACCCCGCCGCCACCGUUCGAGCUCUCCCGCCGGAUCUCCCUCUCUGCCGCCGGGAACGAGCUCCCCACGCCCGGAUCCGCUCCUCCUUCGCCGCGCCAAGUACUGGAGCUGCACGUCGCCACCAGGGAGCUGUCCUCGCCAAGUCCAGCUUCCCGCGGCGUCUGCUUCCUCUUCUUCAAGCAGGAGUUCUGCUCGUUCCGCGCGCCUGAACACCGAGCAGCUGCGCUCGUUCUCGUGAGCGUUGACCAAGGCCCAGCGCCGCCCCAGCCUCAUCCGGCCCAGCCGCCCCCUCUCCACCAGCAAGCCAGAUCUGGCCCGUGGUGAGACACCCACCGAAGCCCACCCGUGUGCAGCGCUCGCAGUAGCUGGCCCAGUUCAGCUAGAUUCGGCCCGUGACUUGUUUUUUUCCUGUGAUGUGAUUUUGUCUUUAAAUCCUGGACAUGCUUAUUACAGAAAUGCCCCUGUUUUAAACUGCUAAUAACUAUUUAACCAUGCAUCCAAAUAAAACAUGUCAUACAUGUAAAAUGCUUAGAAUUUUGUGUAGUUUAAUAAUAUGCCAAUUUCACCCAUGUUAAAAUUGUUUAAAAUGCUGUUUGAUUAAAUUUUGCUCAAAUAACAUGCUAAAUGCUUUAAUUCAUAACUAAAUAACCGUAACUCGGAUUUUAAUAAACUUCAUAUGUAAAUGGGGUAGAAAAAUGCCUAGUUUAACAUGGUGCACUUCAUUUUGCUGUUUAACAAUAUUAAAAUUGCGUUUAUUGCAGAACAGUACCAAAUCUAAAAUAUGCUUAUGGGAUUUUCCGGAAAUUGGUGUUUGUUGUUCCGGACUCAUUUAAAUUGCCUAAAAUGUGUAGUUUACUUAUGUCUCACCUCUUGCCAUGUUAAUCAACAUUUAAUAUUGUUGGGUACAUAAACGAGAGAGAACUAAAUAAUUAAAUGUGGUGUUUCGUUGAUAUGCAACUCGUUGCAUAUUGAGCUCCACUUAAUUUGUAGUGUUGUUUGUUGCACUUUGCCAUGCCAUGCAUAUUUAAACCGGACA